AUGGCUACUGUUGGGGCUAAUGAGCCGCCAGGCCGUGAUUGGCAGAUCCAAGAGAUAGUGCUGGCAGAGUCAAAGGAGAACACCACUGAUGACCCUGUAACUCACGGUAGUGGUAUUUCUCUGUUGAUCUUGAAGCAGCGUUGGAUCUCCUCGCUUCAGUUCCAGUCGCUGGACGAGAUCAGCGCCGGGAACGUGUACAUCUUCAACAACAGCCGCCUGUGCUUCUACAACACCGUCAACUGGACGUCUCUCUUCAGGACGUCCAGUCAGAAAGUCCUGAUCCGCAACAACAGAGAGCCGAAGGAAUGCACUCAGCAGCGCAUGGUGUGUGAUGGCAUGUGUUCGGACGACGGGUGCUGGGGCCCGGGGCCCGACCAGUGUCUCUCCUGCAGGUACUUCAGGCGGGGCCGCACCUGCGUGGAGUCCUGCAACCUUUUUGACGGGGAGAUGCGGGAAUUUUCCAAUGGAUCUGUGUGCCUGGAGUGUGAUAGCCAGUGUGAGAAGAUGGAGGGGAACACCAUGACAUGUUUUGGACAGGGUCCGGACCAAUGUGUGAAAUGCUUCCACUUCAAAGAUGGACCCAACUGUGUGGAGAAGUGCCCCGAUGGGGUGCAGGGGCCCAACGGUUUCAUCUUCAAAUACGCCAAGGCCAACAACGAGUGUCAUCCCUGCCACGCCAACUGCACCCAGGGGUGCGUCGGGCCGAGACUCCAAGAUUGUGUCGGGAUGAUGGACAGGACACCGCUAAUUGCAGCUGGCAUCAUCGGCGGUUUGUUUAUCAUCGUCAUUCUGGCGCUCAGCGUGGCCGUCUCUGUCCGCCGCAAGAGCAUCAAGAAGAAGAGGGCCCUGCGGCGCUUCUUGGAGACGGAGCUGGUGGAGCCCCUGACCCCCAGCGGAACGGCCCCCAACCAGGCUCAGCUGCGGAUCCUGAAGGAGACGGAGCUGAAGAGGGUCAAGAUUCUAGGAUCUGGAGCUUUUGGAACAGUGUACAAGGGCAUUUGGGUGCCAGAAGGUGAGACAGUGAAGAUCCCUGUUGCCAUUAAAAUCCUCAACGAGACCACCGGCCCGAAAGCCAACGUGGAGUUCAUGGACGCCCUGAUCAUGGCCAGCAUGGAGCACCCCCACCUGGUGCGUCUGCUCGGCGUGUGCCUGAGCCCCACCAUCCAGCUGGUCACGCAGCUCAUGCCCCACGGCUGCCUCCUCGACUACGUGCACGAGCACAAGGACAACAUCGGAUCGCAGCUGCUACUCAACUGGUGUGUCCAAAUCGCCAAGGGGAUGAUGUACCUGGAGGAGAGGAGGCUGGUCCACAGAGACCUGGCAGCCCGCAAUGUGCUGGUGAAGUCGCCCAAUCACAUCAAGAUCACCGACUUCGGCCUGGCGCGGCUGCUGGACGCCGACGAGAAGGAGUACAACGCAGACGGGGGCAAGAUGCCCAUUAAAUGGAUGGCUCUGGAAUGCAUCCACUACAGGAAGUUCACCCAUCAGAGUGACGUGUGGAGUUAUGGAGUGACCAUCUGGGAGCUGAUGACAUUCGGAGGCAAACCGUACGACGGCAUCCCCACGAGAGAAAUCCCCGACAUCCUGGAGAAAGGGGAGCGUCUGCCGCAGCCGCCCAUUUGCACCAUAGAUGUCUACAUGGUCAUGGUGAAAUGCUGGAUGAUUGAUGCAGACAGCAGGCCCAAGUUCAAGGAGCUGGCUGCUGAGUUCUGCAGAAUGGCCAGGGACCCCCAGCGGUACCUCGUCAUCCAGGGGGAUGACCGCAUGAAGCUCCCCAGCCCCAAUGACAGCAAGUUCUUCCAGAGCCUUCUGGAUGAAGAGGACCUGAACGACCUGAUGGAUGCCGACGAGUAUCUGGUGCCUCAAGGCUUCAGCAUGCCUCCUCCGUCAUACACAACCAGGCCUCGCGUCGACUCAAACAGAAACCAGUUUGGCUAUCGAGACGGGGGUCCAAUCCCUGCAGAGGGCUCUGUGGCAGGGGCCCAAGCCGCCAUGAACCAGGAAGCAACAGGUGGACCGGGUCCGGCCCUGGAGGACCAGCGCUGUAACGGCAGCCUGCAUAAGAAGAGCCUGAGCCAGGGAGAGGACAGUGGGGGCCAGAGGUACAGCGCAGACCCCACCAUCUUCUUGGGGGAGAGGGCAACAAGAGGGGACACUGAUGAGGACGGAUACAUGACACCCAUGAAGGACAAGAGCUCUUCAGAGUAUCUGAAUCCCAUUGAAGAAAACCCGUUUGUCACGCGACGUAAGAACGGCGAGAUCCACGCCUUGGACAACCCCGGCUACCACAGCACGCCCAACAGCCAGCCCAAAGGAGAGGACGAGUACAUCAACGAGCCGCUGUACCUCAACACCUUCCACAGCCCUGCUGAUCUGGGCCUGGAAGUUCUGAGGAGAAAUGGUCUGCCCCUACCCGUCCAUCCCACUUGCUCUAUUGCUUCUUCAGGCUCCCACCUCCCGCUUACAAUCCAAACCAGCCUGCCCCACUACCCCCUCCCCACGGCCCUGCCCUCACCAUCUGGCCUGCCUUGCCACCACGGCCCAGCGACCCACAUCCUCCACACCCACCACACCAUCAAACCCGCAGGAAAUCCAGGUGGCGGUAUGGUCAGCCAAUCAGGAACUUCUGCCCAGGCCCAGGUGUGCCAAUCUGGCGCCUUGUCCACUUCGGCCUCCAUCGGGCACGGCAACCUGCCAGCCUACCAGAUCCACGCCACCUCGCACCCAGCCAGCUUGCUGAAGCACGGACAGACAACAGGUAAACUCAGCGGGAAGAAGCUGAAGGUGACCUUUGACAAUCCGGAAUACUGGCAGCACAGCUUGCCUCCCAAAUCGUCCAACCAGGCGAUCCCGGAGGGUGCACAGGGCGGUUCCACCAACGCCAAGCUCUUCUACAAGCAGAACGGACAUAUACGGCCGGCAGUGGCUGAAAACCCUGAAUACAUGUCGGACUUUUCCCUGAAGUCCGGCACCGUCUUGCCGCCUCCACCCUACCGGCAGCGGAACACUGUGGUCUAAAUCGUUCUAUUUGGCAAACGUUCCUCAAUGUGACUCUAGCCUCCAGCAACCCAGACAUCCUCUCCGGUUCCACUGUCCCAUACAAAGGGGAGCGGCAACAACCAGAGCCCCCAAUUGUUUUCAAACAACGUGCCAUCUGCUGUAGAUUGUAGUGACAUCCGGAGGAGGUGGACCAAACCGAGCCAAGCAGACCCAAGCACCUUCACUAUAUCCAAUCUAGUCCAUUUCUGUCCUGUAGAUAGAGACUGCGCUCCAUUUCAGUGAGAACGGGAAGGACAAAUGACUGUCACAAAGCAGUGGACGUACUGUGUUGUCCCAGCACAAUAGAACUACAGUGGCGUCAACAAAGAUGGACCUGAACUCACUGCCAGCCAUUGUGGAGUCAGCUUCAAGAAAGGAAGAAGUUUUAUUAUCUCCCCAGUACGAAUGUCUGAGGAUGAACAAUACACUUCUAUGGGUUUGUGAGAUAAGCAAACAGAAAGAGCAAAUACAGUCGGCUGGAUGUUAAGAUAUCUUGUUCUGUGAAUGACCUUGUAGAGUGAGGAACAAUACUGAAAGGGUUGUGUCAGGACUUCCAGCUUCAUGAAAGCUGAUCAAUCAUAUUCAAUCGUUUUGCCCAUAGGAUUAUACCAUAAAGUUCUCGAAUUCUCCAUCAAAUAUGUGAAACUCAUCUUUCUACUGUUACUGUGAUACUGUGACGGCCCAGACUACAGUGAUCGCUCCUUUCACGUGUCUAGUUCGACCAUGGACUUGCCCGAAGAUACACAGGGCAACUGCUGUUCUGUUGUUUUUGCUGUCUACUUGGAAAAGUUGUGCGAAAACAGCCUUUUUCCGAGCCAAGGGAAAUAAGUGAAGAAAUACACUGUAAACAUUUUUAUAGACACUGGUUGCAGUGUUGAGACAAGGGAUUUUUAUACACUGGUUUUCCCAUUCUGACCAGGAUGCUAACGUAGAUGUGUAAAGUAUGUCAUGCCAUGAGAGCAUAGAUUCCUGAAUCUGCUGAAUAAGACCAACCACAAAGCAGCCGAACUGAGAACGGUGAUUAUAGAUACAGAUAGUGAGAGAAGGAGCGAAAAAAGUAUUGAGGGGAGGGAAAGUUCUUACAAGCGGCCUAAUGAAGACCUCAAGGAAUGAAAGAGACAGCACCAGCAGAGCACAGAAAACUGGACUACUUUUUGUGUGUGUUUGUGUCAGUGUGAAUGGACCUAGUAUGUGUGCUCACAUGUUAGCUGUAGAAAAAGAGUUGCGGUCGAAGUCGGUUAUAACAUGGUUGACAGGUUCAGUGCUGCUGCUAACAAACCCAUCACUGGUCAAACAUUGAAGGUUUCCCCCAUCUGCAGUCAAGUUUUAAAACUAUGAAAGUCUUCAGUCCCGAUUGAUUUAUAAUUCCUAUUUAAGUUCAGAGUCUUUGGAUACAUGAGCUUAAAGUGUUGGCAUAGUUCCAUAUGUUGGGCGUUUACAAUGGAAAAAAGUGAAAUGGCACG